AUGUGCUCAUUAAUAUUUCCUUCUGACUCAGCUCCUAGCCUGAAAGAGGAGGAGGAGACCUAUAAGGUUGGGAGUCUGGCUGACGGCCCCUCCUCAGACACUGUGGAUAGUGCCAGCCCUUUGGAACCCAGCCAGGAUAAGAGCAUCCCCUUGAUCUGGGGCGCUGUGCUCCUGCUGAGCCUGCUGGUGGUGGCAGUGGUGCUGUUUGCUGUGAUGGCCAAGAGGAAAGGAAACAGGCUUGGUGUCCGCGGCCAACCUCAGAGCAGUGGCGUUCCAGGCAUGGCCGCCUCCUCAGUGGCCCACCAUAUCAGUGACUCUGGACUGGGACUUGAUUUGCCAUCGGACAUUCCAUAUGCUAGGCUCGACUCACCACCUUCCUUUGACAAUACCACCUAUAGCAUACCUCUUGAUCCCCCAUCAGAGAAAUCCCCACCCCCAGCCCAAUCCUCAUCGCCCCCUCUGCCUCCUAAGGUCCUAAUGUGCUCCAAGCCUGUGACAUAUGCCACAGUCAUCAUCCCUGGAAGGGACAAGGUUGGAGGGGCCUCCUGUGAGCCAGCCCAGGAUCCACCGAAUGGCCAAAUGCCACCCAGCUAAGCUGUCCAUCAUACCGUACACUCACGGAGACUAUCCCCAGAACUCUGUGCAUCCAGCCAGCCAGCCCAUGCCCUAGACCCUUACAAUAUCAGAGCAGCUAGGGACCUUAGGUUCUAAUCUAACAUCUUGACUUUUCUGACCUGGAAAGUGAGACUUAAAUGUGACUGAGGUGUCUUGGGAGUCCCCCAUGCUUGUUCCUCUGCCAUUUUACUACUGAGCUAAAUAAACUCUGAAUGGUAA